AUGAAUCCAACUCAGCGCGAGCUGUUUGAACUUGCCAAGAAUGCGAGUGGAGUGCUCCAUCUGAUUGGCAAACAGCUUAGCGAUGCGGACGCCCAGGCAAUUGCUGAGGGCCUCAAAGUGAACACGACGCUGGACACACUCUUUCUGGGUCAGAAUCAAAUUGGCGAUGCUGGAGCUCGAGCAAUCGCUGAGGCAAUUCAAGCAAACUCGACGCUGACUGGUCUCGGCCUUUACGAGAAUCAAAUUGGCCAUGCUGGAGCGCAGGCGUUUGCUGAAGCUCUCAAAGAGAACCAGACCUUGCUUCAUCUCGCACUGAAUGGCAACCAGAUUGGCGACGCUGGAGCGCAAGUGAUUGCUGAGGCGCUCAAAGUGAACACCACGCUGACUGACCUCCAUUUGAAAGAUAACUUCCUGAGCAACGCUGGAACCACUGCACUCAGGCAAGCGGGCAAUACCACUUGUACAUUGUUAUUGCAGCUGGUGCCGCAGCAAAGGCUGCAACUGAGAUUCAGCAAUUACGCUCCAAGCUGGCAACCAACAACUGAGAUUCAGCAAUUACGCUCCAAGCUCGCAACCAACGAGCAGGAGCUCGCUGCCCAAGAGCAAGAGCUGCAACAACUUCGCUCUGAUCUCGCUGUCAAGGAUCAAAUGCUCGCAACCAACGAGCAGGAGCUCGCUGCCCAAGAGCAAGAGCUGCAACAACUUCGCUCUGAUCUCGCUGUCAAGGAUCAAAUGCUCGCUACCAACGAGCAAGAACUCGCUACCAACCUCCAGGACCUGCAGCAACUUCGCUCGGAGCUCGCUGCCAAGGAUCAUGAACUCAAGGCAGCUCUUGAUCGGAUUGAUGUUUUCGAGCGCAAUCAGCCCGCUGUUGGAUCCGCAUCGAAUUUUGACGGCACCAUCUUGCAAGUUCCUCUCGCAACUCUUGUCGCCGCCACGAACAAUUUUGAUGCCGAUUCUCUGCUCGGCACAGGAGCGUUUAGUCGCGUGUACGGCGCCACCUUGCCUGGCCCUCGUGUUGCCAUUAAGCGCGUGUCGGCUGAAUCCAUCCACAACUAUGUCGCAUUUCAAUCAGAAUUGGACACUCUGUCUCAGUUCCGUCACCCUAACAUUAUUGCGAUUCUGUCUUAUGCCAACAGUCACGAUGAGUAUUGCUUGGUGUACGAGUUUAUGCCCAAUGGUUCUGUUCGCGAUCGCUUGGAUUGCAAGAACAACACACCUCCACUGACCUGGGCCCAGCGUCAUCGCAUUGCGGCUGAUGUGUCCCGCGGCAUGCACUACGUGCAAACAGCCUUCCCUGACCAUGUUCUGUUCCACCUUGAUCUCAAACCGGACAAUGUUCUUUUGGACGCGCACUUUAACGCCAAAGUGUCUGAUUUUGGUCUCGUUCGCGCUGCCCAACACCUCGAUGAGAAGAGCUACGUUCGUACGCAGAACGUUCAGGGCACAAAGGUGUACAUGUGUCCCGAGUAUCUUGAGUCAGGCCGAAUGACUAUCAAGACGGAUGUCUACGCCUUUGGCAUGAUUCUACUGGAAUUGGUCACUGCAGCCAAACCCGGUAUUCUGCUGAAAAGAACUGCGCGAAAGGCUGCGAACAACCAAAAAUGCAUUGAGAUGCUGGACUCGGCUCUCCACCCAACCGAAGCCGAGGGCCAGAGCGUCGGCGAGCUUGUCAACCUUGCACUCAAGUGUCUUGACGACUUUGCAGCUGAUCGCCCAUCCUUUGGCAGUAUCGUUGUGACAUUGGAUCCUUGA